CCUCCAUCAUCCCCUCCUACCAUCAUCAUCAUCACCUUAUCAUCUAUCUCCCCAACACAACACAACCCAAAACAAACAAACAAACACAAAGUAUCAAAGAAAAAUAAAGAAAAAUAAAGAAAAAUAUGUCCUUCUCCAACCUCAUCUCCUCCGCCCUCGAACAAGCCACCUCCGGCUCCCACUCCUCUUCCUCCGGAGGAUACUCCGGAGGUGGUGGUGGUGGCUACGGCAAUUCUGGAUCCUACGACGACGAAUUCUCCUCCGCCCAACACCACGCACAAUCCCACGAAUCCUCCUCCGACAGUUCUCUCUUCUCCUCCGCCCUGGGCUUCCUCUCCGACCGCAAGAGCCAGUACUCCGAGCAACCGGACAUCGACGAGGAGCAUCUCGUGCAGUCGCACCAGCGGCUGUAUAACGGUGGCGGAGAGCAGCAGCAACAUGAUAGCAGCAGCUUGGGUGCCGGCGCUGCGAUGCAGGCGCUAAAGAUGUUUACCUCUGGUGGUGGUAGCGGUGGUAGCAGCGGUGGGGAUAAGAAUGAGUUUAUUGGCAUGGCGAUGGCGCAGGCGAGUAAGCUUUGGGAGGAGAAGGCUGGGUCUGGCAGUGUUUCUGGUGAUAAGCAGUCGGCUGUUAACUCGGCGGCUGAGAUGGCGUUUAAGAUGUAUAUGAAGAGUCAGGGCAGUGGGUCGAGUGGUACGGGUGGUCCGGGGGCGUUGAUGAGUUUGGCGAGUAAGUUCUUGUAAGUAAAUAUUAUAAGGUUGUUGGUUGGGUAUUAUGAGGACGGGUUUGUGAUAUUGUGAGGAUGUUGGUUGCAUUGAUGACAGGGAGGGUAUAUCUACUGGUCCAGCUGUAGCAGUGCUAUACAUGUCUAUUUUAUCUACCGGGUAUGCUUCUAGCUCAUUCUCGACAGUGUAGUAUGUAGUCUACCACUCAUCGUCUU